GCUUCACUUGUAAUCAGAUGUUUCAUUUCAUCACGGUGAUCAAGCAAGUUAGGCGUUACAGUGCCGCUUAGAUAUUACUUAAUACAAAAUUUUACAAAAUAUACUCACUCGGAAUGAAAGGUCCAAGAAGUUUGCGCCUGUUGCAGCAGCUUGUAAAGGGGACACAGCAGAGUGUUCGUCUGGCGCACGGUCAAAGUUCAACCAACACGCUGAAGACACUAACAAAACAUUAUGAGGAAGUCAGCAUUCCCGUUCCUUGGGGUCACAUAUCUGGCAAAUGGUACGGACCAAAGCAUGUGCGUCCUAUUCUGGGCAUGCACGGUUGGCAGGACAAUGCUGGCACCUUCGACACUCUCGCACCGCUGCUGCCGCCGCAUUUGUCCUUUCUCAGCAUAGACGCACCAGGUCACGGACUCUCCUCCUGGCUGCCAGAUGGUGUCAUGUAUCACUCCAUAGAUUAUGUACAGCUGGUGCUGCGUUUAAUGGAGGAAUACAACUGGAGCAAAGUAUCCAUGCUGGGUCACUCAAUGAGUUCCAUAAAUGGCUUCGUAUUUGCCGCUCUAUUCCCGGAGAAAGUGGAUAUGUUUAUUGGCUUGGACGUGCUGAAGCCCCCCAUACGUAGUCCAAAGCAAAUUGUGAAUGCGCUGUCAGAGCGCCUGGAAGCUUCUCUAAAGCUGGAACGACGCCUACGCAGCGGUAGUGAACCGCCUGCCUACGAAUGGGAUCAACUGGUGGAACGCUUGCAUCAUGGUACCGAUAAGUCCGUCGAUAUAGAGGCCUGCAAGUACCUACUGCAGCGCAACUGCAAACCCUCCAGCCACGAACCUCACAAGUAUUACUUCUCGCGCGACAAUCGCCUGAAGUACUCGCAGUUCUACACACUCUCCCUGGAGAUUGUGCUGGAAAUGGCAACGCGCAUCAAGUCGCCGCAUCUGUUUAUUAAAGCUCUGCAGGCGCCCUACUACGAGAACAAGAAAUACUAUGAUGCCACGAUCGCGGUGCUGCGCCAGAACCCGCUAUUCGAAUAUCAUGAAGUUGACGGAUCGCAUCAUGUACAUCUCAAUGAGCCCGAAAAGGUGGCGCACUUCAUUAAUUCUUUUAUAAACAAGUACAGACCCUUAUGAGAUUAUAUAGAUGGGGAUGAACCCUGAACUUGUACAAAGUAGCUAGUUAUUAUCUAUUGACCGAUAUAGAUAUUAUAACCGACAUUAUACUGCUUGAAUCUAGAUAAUAAGUGACGAUAAUGUUUAACCCACGCUUAACAAUAAAAAUACAAAUUUGUUGCUUCUAUUUAAUUUAA